GGCGCGCGGAGCCGGGGGCACCGCGCGCGGGCGGGGGGCGGGCGGGCGCGGCCCCCCAUGGUGCGGCAUGUCGAAGACGCUGCGGAGGAAGCGGCACUGGCUGAGCAAGGUGCAGGAGUGCGCCGUGUCCUGGGGGCCGCCGCAGCCCGGCGGGGCGCCUGACCCCGACCUGCUGCGGGGCGGCGCCGAGCUCGGCGAGUUCCCCUACCUGGGGGGCCGCCUGCUGCUGGGCGAGCUCGGCGGGCCCGGCCCGGUGCUGCUCUCCGGCAAGCCCCCCAGCCCCGGCGACGUGCUGCUGGAGGUGAACGGCACCCCCGUGAGCGGCCUCACCCACCGCGACACCCUGGCCGUCAUCCGCCACUUCAGGGAGCCCGUGCGCCUCAAGACCGUGCGCCCAGGAAAAGUGAUCAACAAAGACUUGCGUCACUACCUGAGCCUGCAGUUCCAGAAAGGCUCAAUAGACCAUAAACUCCAACAAGUGAUCAGAGACAAUCUUUACCUGAGAACCAUCCCAUGCACUACAAGGGCUCCCAGGGAUGGAGAGGUCCCAGGGGUGGACUAUAAUUUCAUUCCUGUUGAACAGUUUAAAGCGUUGGAAGAAAGUGGAGCCUUGCUAGAAAGUGGAACAUAUGAUGGUAAUUUCUAUGGUACCCCAAAGCCUCCAGCAGAGCCCAGUCCCUUUCAGCCAGACCCAGUGGAUCAGGUUCUUUUUGACAAUGAUUUUGAUGCAGAAUCCCAGAGAAAAAGAACCACUUCGGUCAGCAAGAUGCAAAGAAUGGAUAGCUCUCUCCCUGAGGAGGAAGAGGAGGAAGAGAAGGAAGCAGUUAAUGGCAGUGGAGGUGCAGAAAACAAAGAGAGACAUUCAGAUUCUUCUGACUGGAUGAAGCCUGUUCCUAGUUACAACCAGACAAGCAGCUCCAUGGAUUUCAGAAAUUACUUGUCAAGAGAUGAGAGCCUAGAGCCUCUACCCAAGAACUGGGAGAUGGCCUACACAGACACAGGCAUGGUCUACUUCAUAGAUCACAACACCAAGACAACUACUUGGCUUGAUCCUCGGCUCUGUAAGAAAGCCAAAGCUCCUGAAGACUGUGAGGAUGGAGAACUUCCUUAUGGCUGGGAGAAAAUAGAAGACCCUCAGUAUGGAACAUACUACGUCGAUCACAUUAACCAGAAAACCCAGUUUGAAAAUCCAGUAUUGGAAGCCAAGAGAAAAAAACAGCUAGGACAGACUGAUGUUGGCCCUUCAAAACCAGGUGCAGAACCAGAGAAGUCACUCUUCACCAGAGAUCCAACCCAACUUACAGGAGCCCUCUUACGGACAUCAUUGAAGAAAAGCACUAUGGGAUUUGGUUUCACAAUCAUUGGUGGAGACAGACCUGAUGAGUUCCUCCAGGUGAAGAAUGUGCUGAAAGACGGACCUGCUGCGCAGGAUGGGAAAAUCGCACCAGGUGAUGUCAUUGUAGACAUAAAUGGCAGCUGUGUCCUUGGCCAUACCCAUGCAGAUGUUGUUCAGAUGUUUCAGCUAGUUCCUGUCAACCAGUAUGUGAAUAUGACUUUGUGUCGCGGUUACCCGCUUCCUGACGACAACGAAGAUCCUGCUGUAGACAUCGUUACAGCUACACCCAUCAUCAAUGGCCAGCCAAUGACCAAGGGAGAUAUCUGCAUAACCAGCCAAGAUUUAAUACCUGGAACAGUCAUUUUAGACCAAAAUGGGAAACCGGGUCACAUUUUGGUUAAUGGUCGCCUGAACAGCCCUUCCAUGGACCCAAAGGAACAGAGGAUAUCCGUAUCCACUCCAGGAGGCUCCCAGCCAGAACUAAUCACUAUUCCUCUGGUCAAGGGCCCUAAAGGAUUUGGGUUUGCAAUUGCAGACAGCCCUACAGGGCAAAAAGUGAAGAUGAUUUUAGACAGCCAGUGGUGCCCUGGCCUUCAGAAGGGGGAUGUAAUCCAAGAGAUUUACCAUCAGAAUGUGCAGAACUUGACACAUCUGCAGGUGGUGGAGGUGCUGAAGCAGUUUCCAGUGGGAGCCAAUGUCCCACUUCUUAUCUUAAGGGGAGGUCCUCCUUCACCUGCUAAAACUGCCAAAGUGAAAACAGAUAAGCAAGAGAAUUCAGGAAGCUUAGAAGCUAUCAGUGAUUCCAUUCCACAGCCUAUGCCAUUCCCACCUGCUGCUGUGAGGUCAGGCUCUCCAAAACUCGACCCUUCAGAAGUCUAUCUGAAGUCUAAGACAGUAUUUGAAGACAAGCCUCCAAACACAAAAGAUUUGGAUGUUUUCCUGCGAAAACAGGAGUCGGGGUUUGGCUUCCGUGUGCUCGGAGGGGAUGGACCGGACCAGUCAAUAUAUAUUGGGGCCAUCAUCCCACUGGGAGCAGCAGAGAAAGACGGCCGACUCCGAGCUGCCGAUGAGCUAAUGUGCAUUGACGGCAUCUCUGUCAAAGGGAAAUCACACAAACAGGUCCUGGACUUAAUGACCAGUGCUGCGCGGAAUGGCCAGGUGCUGCUCACUGUCCGGAGGAAGAUCAUCUUUGGCGUCGAGAAACAGCCAGAAGAGGAGGAGUCGCAGCUGCCCAUUUCCACUCAAAAUGGAUCUCCCCGGCUGAACCGGGUAGAGGUCACAAGCAGACAGUCCCCAGAGGCCUAUGAUGUCCUGCUACAGCGGAAAGAGAAUGAAGGAUUUGGGUUUGUCAUCCUCACCACAAAAAGCAAACCUCCUCCUGGCGUGAUUCCCCACAAGAUCGGGCGUGUUAUUGAAGGGAGCCCAGCUGAUCAGUGUGGGAAGCUGAAAGUGGGAGACCGUAUCUCAGCUGUGAAUGGGCAGUCAAUCAUAGAGCUCUCCCAUGACAGUAUAGUGCAGCUGAUUAAAGAUGCAGGCCACAUGGUUACCCUGACUGUUGUUGCUGAGGAAGAACACCGUGGCCCCCCUUCAGGAACCAACUCUGCCAAACAAAGUCCAGCCCCACAGCACAGACCUAUGGGAACAACACAAGCCAACUCUGCAACAGCAGACAGGGGAGUCACAGAAGAUGAAGCUGGAAGAGAACUUUCCAACAGUUACAGGCUUCCCUGGCCUGAGCACAAGCACUUGCCCCAGCCUGAUGGCGGUGUUCUCUCCAUUGUAGGCAGCCGUCAUUCUCAGAGUCUUGGCUGUUCUCCAGUAGAACUGGAACGAGGCCCUCGCGGUUUUGGAUUCAGUCUUCGCGGAGGAAAGGAGUACAACAUGGGCUUAUUCAUCCUUCGACUUGCUGAGGAUGGGCCUGCCAUCAAGGAUGGAAGAAUUCACGUUGGUGACCAGAUUGUUGAAAUCAAUGGCGAACCCACCCAAGGUAUCACUCAUACACGAGCCAUCGAGCUGAUUCAAGCAGGAGGAAAUAAAGUUGUUCUUCUUCUGAGACCAGGGACUGGCUUGAUACCAGAUCAUGGUGAUCAAGAUAGUUUUAAUCCAUCAUCCUCAAAUAUAAUAUAUGAUGAACAGCCACCAUUACCCACCUCUGCAGUAUGUGAUUUACCAGUACUGGAAGACGCUUUAGCGAAUGUUCACAUAUCUGAGAAACUGGAAGAAGCUAAAAACACUGUGCCUGAAAAGAAAAGCACUUUAACUGAAAACCAGUCUAAACCGAAACAUAUGUCUUCUACCCAGGAGCAUAUGAAGAGAUGGGACCAGCCUACCAGUCUAGAUUUAGUAACUGAUGACGACAUUAGAAGAGAGAGAGCAGAGAGUCCAAAAAAAUUGGGCACAUCUGGGGAAUUGCAGCAAGCAGGGCUCCACAGUCCAAGAAAAAGUGAGACACAAAACACACACAGCAAUCUCUUAGACCAGUGUGAGCAACCCAGGAGAGGUGAGAAUACACACACACAAAUCAAUUUAAAAGAAACUUCCAGAGGAAACAGAGGCAGAUCUGCCAGUCCCCAAAAGCAUCCCAAAAAAGAAGAAAGUGCGGACAAGUCAGACAAGUUACUAGACUCUCAAGAUAAAAUAGCUGGUGGUGAUGGUGAUGUUGAGACUAAUGAAAAAUCAGGAGUAACACAGCAAGACAGAAAGCAGAACAUUGCUGGAAAGAAGAAGAAGAAGAGGUCUCAAGAGAGAAAAAACCCAAGAGCAGAUGAAAAGACUCUUCCAUUAAAUAAGGCUAAUGAGCCUAGGAAAAGAGUAGAUGAAGAUGAAAAAGCCAAUACUGGAGAGCCAACUUCUAGCGACUUCAAAACUGCAAGUCUUUCUGAUGUUUCACAGCUUUCCAAGGGAAAAAAAGGUAGGCUCCAAACACAAGAUCCAGUUAUUCUGAACAAAGACCACACAGAAAAAGGCUUGGAGCCAACUGAUGAAACCAAAGAUGAUGGAAUUUCAAAACCUGAAUGCAGCUUUCCAGUUAAGAAAGCACCAAUAACUCCUGGACCUUGGAAGGUACCAAGUGCAAGUAAAGUCACAAAAGCAACAGGUGUCACUGAAAAACGGGUUUGACUGAAACAUUUUUAGAACAUGUUUUAAUCAGGUUUCUAAUAUGGUCAAUUAAAAGCAUCUUUUUUCCACAAAGUUGUCAUUUUUCAGAAACUAACUCCAGGGGCUGGAAAGUACAUUUGAUUUGUUCUUAAAUUAACUAAGCUGCAUGAAGGAGCUCUUCCAUAAGCUGCUGUCCCCUCAUCCUUUGAAGGCAGUGUCCUGCUGCUCUCUCAACAUUGCACUGCUAAGGCUUUCUCAGAUAGUAUUGUGAGUUUCUGAACAAACUUUAAUGCCUAUAUUGCCAAUGUGAUCAUGACUCACUUCUUGUGCCAAGUUAUCUACUGUAGCCAAUCAAUUUAAUCCUCCUGGUAGGUUUUCCCCAGACUCAAAGCCAAGAUUUUGUUUGAAAAUAGCUAUUUUCUCAAAGGCAUGUCGCAUGUUUAUAUAGGGGAAUAAUUAAGAGUUCUCACAACUUCAGUAAGGUGAGUGUGCUGGUUCUAUCAACUCUAGGGCAGCAAAUGAGCCACUGAUGCUGCCCCACUGGAUUCUUUUUCUUAAAGUUCCUAAUAGCCCAUGUGAAAUUUAAAAGGAUAAUUGCAUUUUGGUGUGAUCUAUGGGGUUAGUUUUGCUUUCUAGGAGCAAAACAAAUUUGCUUAAUUCAUUUAAGGUAAUUAUAGUAACUAUCUGCAAAACAUGUAUUGCAAAUAUCAUUUUGAAGACUAAGUGGUGAAAUCCUGGCCCUGUUAAGUUACUGGCAAAAACACCCAUUGGCUUCAGUGGGGCCAUGAUUUUAUCUUGUCAGUUCUUUGGAAAUAAGGAAUGGAUGUGGUGCUGUGCUUUCAACCUCCCUCUGGUACUGUAUGUCAGAGCACCACAUACGGUAUGUUUUAAAAAUACUUGGAAAUGUCCCAUCUUUACCUGUAAAACUAAAAAUUGAUAUGUAAAAGCAGUAUUUGAAACAGAAAAUCCUGCUGUUGCAAACUCAGACAGAACCAACCACCACCAACAGCUUCUUAAAAAAAGUCCCUCUUACCUGUGCCUACUAUUCGAAAUCUCCUGUUUUAUUUGUGUGUAAUUGCUUUUGGUUGAGUGAGAAAUAGUUGACAUACAGGGUACAUGAGACUUAAUAUCUAUUGUUUGGGCUUCAAUAUGUAUUUAAAUAACAUUGAGGAAUGUUAAGAUAUUUUUAUAUCAGUUAACUGUAGGACUAGCAGUCUGCAGAAAUUUCAUGGUUUGAUUUACUCAAUAGCAUUAAUGGAUUUGAUUUCCUGACCUGUGCUAGGUUUUCAGUGACUGCAAAUAAAAAAAACACUAAAAGGGGCUGGGCCAGUUCACAAAAGCAGAGGAAAAAGGUAAGGAAAGUCAAGAUCAGUUGCUGUACCCUUGUGUUAAACUAAUCUGACUUGCUCAUUAAAAAUAUAAUUGAACUGCUGCUAAGUUGAUUAGCCUCCCAAAGCUUAAAAAAAUCAGUUUUGACUGGAAGCUAGAAACUUUUGAAAUAGACAACUACUCAGCAGUAGGCUUAAAUGAACAGUGCUUUAAAAUCUGUUUAUUUUACAACAUCUGAACUGUCCUCUGCUGCUUCACAUUUUAUGAAUCCAUCAAUUUGCUGUAGCAUAAAGUGUACAAAUCCUCAAUAUUGUAGAGUUUGACUGUGAAAGUAUGAGUUAGCCUAUGUAGAUAUUAAUCCUGUAUUCUUGGUUGAUAAACCUGUGGGAUCCUCUUAAGUUGU